CGUUCUCCAAUAUGCCAAACAGCAUCAGCAGGGAGGAGUAUGUGAAGCCAGGACUUCUGAAGAUGCAAAAACUAUGGGUCACACUGCUGGCUGUAGCUGCAGUCUCACUUGUCUCCAUGUGCUUACUGAUGUUGAAUGAAAGGGCAGAACUAGGGCACUGCUGCAAUGCCUCAGCCUGGCUGGCUGUGACACAAGACAACACACCACUGGGGACUGAGAUUGUCUAUGAUGGGUAUAACUCGAAGAAGUUGAAAGUCAGCAGUGGCUUGCUGGAGAUCCUGCCAGAGAAGUCCCCAUUUAAGGACCCUGUCUACAAAACCUGUGCUGUGGUGGGAAAUGGAGGAAUCCUCAGGAACAGUAGCUGUGGCUCUAAAAUUGAUAGCCACCAGUUUGUAAUCAGGUUUAACUUGCCUUCAGUGGACUUCUCUGAGGAUGUGGGCAGAAAGUCAAGCAUUGUCACUGUGAAUCCCAGUAUCCUUCAGAAAAGGAUGCACAUCAUGCCCAAAGAGUUCACUUACUAUGUGGAUAUGCACUUCAACGGCGUGCUGCAGCUGCAUCUGGGGCGGUGCUGA